AUGAAGUUCAUUGCUCUUUCAACAUUGGUCACUUUGGCUCUUUCAGGUGUUUUGGCAGCUGAUGUCCAAUAUUCUGUCAUUGCAUUCCCUACUGGAAAUCAAGGUGUCUCUGUCUCUGUUGGUGGUCAGACAGUUGCACUCAAAAAGAGCGAUGUUCAUCCCAAUAUCUUUACCGGUACUGCUCCCUCGGGCGAGACCUACCAAUAUGUCUUGACUGAUGGUCAAGCAAAUACCCCUGAGACAACCACUCGUAAGCUCGCCAAAGGUGCUACUGCCACUGGUAAUGAAUUCUUCAAUCGUACCCAAACUGUCUGGAACGUUCCUAGCCUUCCUCAAGCCUAUAAUCCCAUCUACCCCACUUUAUUCACCAAUUUGAAUAAUUCUAAUGAAAUUGCCACCAUCAUCAUGUCUGUCAACUCGACCGCUUUGGAUGCUAUUAACAAAGCUCCUACAGAAAAGCUCGAUGAUGCUCAGAUCACUGAUUUAGCCUAUAUUAGCAGCAAGGACGUCUUCAAAUUCCAAAAUGCCGGUCUCUCUACCAGCGGCCAGUCCACCAAGGAUUUUGCCAAGCAAUCCUAUGCUAUUGAUUUCAACAAAUACAACAAGAAUGCCACUGCAAAGAACCUCUUGUACGGCCGUACUACUUUGAAGCUUCGUGCUGAAGAAACCGAUGCCACUUUUGCACGUGAAAAGUUAGUACUCGAUAUGCUUGCCGCUGCUGGCGGUGCCACUCUCUCUGGCUCCUGGACUCGUGUCUUUAUCAACAACGAGCCCUACGGCCUCUUCUUGCUCAUGGACGAUGCCUCCACUCACCUCAUGGACGCUAUUCUUCACGCUGGUGAUUUCAAGUCAGAGAAUACAGGUGUUACCUACAAAGGCAAUGCCUUGAGUCCUGAAGUUGAAGGCAACUUGGUUUACGUUGGCGAUGAUGCUACCAAGUACCCUGCUGACAUUUAUAAGCUUGCCGACGAAGGGGAGGACAAGACCAUCAACAAGAAGAACAACAGCCAAGCCGGUAUCAUUGACUUCACCAAGCGUUUGAGCCAAGUCAAUGCAAAGGAAGCCACUGAUGCUCAACACCCUGGCAGCAUUGUCAACCUCAUUGACCCUCAACACACUCUCAUUCAUAUGGCAAUCAACUUCCUCAUCGGUUCUUGGGAUGGUUUCUGGUACCAAGCCAGUAACUACUACUUGAACCAAGAUUUGGGCAACAACAAGUGGACUUUGAUCACUUAUGAUUUCGAUGAAACCUAUGGUAAUGGUGUUGAAGAUGCUGGUAUGAACACUGUCUCCUAUCAAAACUACUCUCGCCCUGGCUCCCAACGUCCUCUUGUUGAAGUUUUCCUCAAUAGCACUUACUAUGAUAGCAUGUUCCAAGAUACCGUCAAGACUAUUGUCAAGCGCUUCUUCAAGCCUAGUGUUGUCGAUCCUAUCCUCCAAGCUUGGUCUCAAAUGUUAAAGGAAGAUAUUACCUGGACUCGCUCCAUUGCUGGUAGAUCUCCUGGUACUGCCACUACUUUCACUGUCAAGGACUUCCAAGAUGGUUUGCUUGGCAACGGCACAUCUGUCGUCUCCAUCAGUCAAUGGGUCUCUAAGCGUGCUUCCUCUGUUGCUGCUCAGCUCAACUUCAAUGACACUGAUGACCUUCCUGCUUUGCCUGCAUACACCGCUGGCACCCACUUGGAUGCCAAUGGCAAUGUCGUUAAUAGCGAUGGUUCAACUGUUGCUGGCAACGGUACCAGUGUUGCCCCUGGCGGCAACAACAAUGCCUCCGCUUCCAAAGAAGGAAGUGCUGCACCUUCUACCAAGGCAUCUAUUGGCUUCAGCAUGGUUGCUAUUGCCGCAGUUAUGGCCAUUGCACUUUAG